AUGACGACUCAGAGAGGAGGGAGGCCGGAGGUCACGCUCGCCUGCCUCCUCUUGGCCGCAGCAGGCUGCUUCGCCGACCUGUACGCGGUGCCCCAGGUCACCGUGCAGCCCCCCUCCACCGUCCAGAAGCUCGGGGGAGCCGUGAUCCUGGGCUGCGUGGUGGAGCCGCCGGGGCUGAGCAUCGCCUGGCGCCUGAACGGCAGGGAGCUGAACAGUUCCGACAAUGCCCUCGGCGUCCUCAUCACUCGCGGGACGCUGGUCAUCCCCACCCUCAGCAACCGCACCGUGGGACGGUACCAGUGCGUGGCCCGGCUGCCCACGGGGGCCGUGGCCAGUGUGCCGGCCACGGUGACACUAGCCAAUCUCCAGGACUUCAAGUUAGACGUGCAGCAUGUGAUUGAAGUAGAUGAGGGGAACACGGCCGUCAUUGCCUGCCACCUUCCUGAGAGCCACCCAAAAGCCCAGGUCCGAUACAGUGUCAAACAGGAGUGGCUGGAGGCAUCCAGAGGGAACUACCUGAUCAUGCCGUCGGGGAACCUCCAGAUCGUGAAUGCCAGCCAGGAGGACGAGGGGAUGUACAAGUGCGCAGCCUACAACCCGGUCACCCAGGAAGUGAAGACCUCGGGCUCCAGCGACCGGCUGCGUGUGCGCCGCUCCACGGCCGAGGCCGCCCGCAUCAUCUACCCCCCGGAGGCCCAGACCAUCAUCGUCACGAAAGGCCACAGUCUCAUUCUCGAGUGCGUGGCCAGUGGGAUCCCGCCUCCGCGGGUCACCUGGGCCAAGGAUGGGUCCAGUGUCGCUGGUUACAACAAGACGCGCUUCCUGCUGAGCAACCUCCUCAUCGACACCGCCAGCGAGGAGGACUCAGGCACCUACCGCUGCAUGGCCGACAACGGGGUCGGGGAGCCCGGGGCAGCGGCCAUUCUCUACAACGUCCAGGUGUUCGAACCCCCCGAGGUCACCGUGGAGCUGUCCCAGCUGGUCAUCCCGUGGGGCCAGAGCGCCAAGCUCACCUGUGAGGUGCGCGGGAACCCCCCGCCCUCAGUGCUGUGGCUGAGGAACGCCAUGCCCCUCGCCCCCAGCCAGCGCCUCCGGCUGUCCCGCAGGGCCCUGCGGGUGGUCAGCGUGGGGCCCGAGGACGAAGGCGUCUACCAGUGCAUGGCCGAGAACGAGGUUGGCAGCGCCCACGCCGUGGUCCAGCUGAGGACCGCCAGGCCAGGCACAACCCUGAGGCCGCGGCCCGAUGCUAAGCUGGACACUGCCACACUUCCCGUGCCACCCUCCAGACCCAGAAGCCCCGACCAGAUGCUGAGGGGGCACCCAGGGCUCCCGAAGCCUCCAGCGUCCGUGCAGCCAGCUUCCCCGCAGUGCCCGGGAGAGAAAGGGCCGGUGGCGCCCGCCGAGGCGCCCGUCAUCCUCAGCUCACCCCGGACCUCCAAGACUGACUCUUACGAGCUCGUGUGGCGGCCUCGGCAUGAGGGUGGCAGCCGGGCACCGAUCCUCUACUAUGAGGUGAAACACCGCAAGCAGGUCACAAACGCCUCUGAUGAUUGGACCGUUUCUGGCAUUCCAGCCAACCAGCACCGCCUGACCCUCACCCGACUGGACCCCGGGAGCUUGUAUGAAGUAGAGAUGGCAGCUUACAACUGUGCAGGCGAAGGCCAGACAGCCAUGGUCACCUUCCGGACGGGACGGCGGCCCAAACCUGAAAUCAUGGCCAGCAAGGAGCAGCAGAUCCAGAGAGACGACCCUGGAGCCAGCCCCCAGAGCAGCAGCCAGCCAGACCAUGGCCGUCUCUCCCCCCCGGAAGCUCCAGACAGGCCUACCAUCUCCAUGGCCUCGGAGACAUCAGUGUUUGUAACCUGGAUUCCCCGUGGGAAUGGUGGCUUCCCGAUCCAGUCCUUCCGUGUGGAGUACAAGAAGCUGAAGAAAGUGGGGGACUGGAUUCUAGCCACUAGUGCCAUCCCUCCGUCCAGGCUUUCAGUGGAGAUCACAGGCCUGGAGAAAGGCACCUCCUACAAGUUCCGAGUCCGGGCUCUGAACAUGCUGGGGGAGAGCGAGCCCAGUGCCCCCUCCCAGCCGUACGUGGUGUCGGGCUACAGCGGCCGCCUCUACGAGCGGCCCGUGGCGGGCCCGUACAUCACCUUCACCGACGCCGUCAAUGAGACCACCAUCAUGCUCAAGUGGAUGUACAUCCCGGCAAGUAACAACAACACCCCGAUCCAUGGCUUCUACAUCUAUUACCGACCCACGGACAGCGACAACGACAGUGACUACAAGAAGGAUAUGGUGGAAGGGGACAGAUACUGGCACUCCAUCAACCACCUGCAGCCGGAGACCUCCUACGACAUUAAGAUGCAGUGCUUUAAUGAGGGCGGCGAGAGCGAGUUCAGCAACGUGAUGAUCUGUGAAACCAAAGCUCGGAAGCCUGGUCAGCCUGGCGGACUCCCGCCCCCAACGCUGGCUCCACCUCAGCUACCACCCCCUGAAACCAUGGAGCGGCCGGUGGGCACGGGCGCCAUGGUGGCACGCUCCAGCGACCUGCCCUACCUGAUCGUUGGGGUCGUCCUGGGCUCCAUAGUCCUCAUCAUUGUCGCCUUUAUCCCCUUCUGCUUAUGGAGGGCCUGGUCCAAGCAGAAACAGACAACAGACCUGGGCUUUCCUCGAAGUGCCAUGCUGCCCUCCUCCUGCCAGUACACGAUGGUGCCGCUGGGAGGACUUCCCGGCCACCGCGCCCACGGGCAGCCCUACCUCAGCAGCAGCAAUGGACGGGCCUGUGCCAGUGGGGGGCAUGGGAACAGGGGCUGCCCCGCCACUGCCAUGGGCCACCCAGGCAUGCGGCCUCCGCAGCACUGCCCCGGGGAGCGACACUACCCAGGGGAGCGGCCGCAGCAGGACGACACCCACCCCCUCCGGAGGCAGACUGCUCCUGGCGAUGGACACGACGCCCGCAGUGCCCCGCCUCCCAGGGGAGCCAGGGCCCGCCCCGAUGAGGUCUCUUUCCUGUGCACACCGCCCGAGGCCUCAGCGUACCAGCGGCUGCAGGCCCACCAGGACGGCCGCGCCCUCCGGGAGCAGCCUGCCCCCGCCGGCCAGUCCGGAAUGAGGAGUGGGCCCCAGAAACCUGGGAUGGAAGCGACAUGGGACCCUCUUUUUCACCCAGGGCCCCCGUGCUGCUUGGGCCUGGCGCCGGUGGAAGAAGUGGACAGUCCUGGCACUUGCCAGAUGGGCGGAGGAGAGUGGUGCCCUCAGCACCCCACGGGGACCCACAGAGGAUCAGAGCCCGGGAGGCAGCUCUCCCCCAGCCCACCAGUGCACAUAUCUUUUGAAACACCACCCCCCAUUGUUUAG